AUGGUGGACGUGCCGAAGCAUUACCGAAAGUACUACGUCUCGUACAAGAAGAUUAAAAGGACUAUAAUAAGGAUGGGACACAAGUACAAAAAGAAGCUCGAGAAGGACCUCAUACAAAGUGCCGCCAGAAGGGUUGACGAGCAGGGCAUAAAACUGCUGCCGCCCUUCCUGUUCAACGACCUGAUCACCCAGGAAAUAAAAAAAAUAAACAAAUUUUCAGAAAAAAAAUACGACGAAAUUACUGAUAGCCUGAUGAAGACAUAUGAGGAAUUGAAGUCGGUCCAGAGCUACUCAGGAAAAAAUGAAAAAGAAGAAAUGGAAAAAAAGAUUGACCUAAUAGGUUGUGAUAUUGUCCAUUUUGAUUUUUACAUUCACCAGAAUUGUAAAAUAUUAAUGAGGUUAGGUUUUUUUUUUGAUAAUGUAAUGAACAUCUCCAUUAACCAGUGGUUGAUGCUGGGAUUAAUAAAGGAGAAGUUUUGUAAUAUCAAUGUGGACGAGUUGGUGGUAUACCUGUCCCUCUUGUAUGCUUUGCACCGUGCGCGGUGCGGGGCCGACGCAUACAAUGCCGCUCCCCCCCCAGAUGGCAAAACUUGGGUCCCACCAGAAACGUUCGAACGUACAUCUACCAAGUUUCUAAUGAAGUACGAAGACAUUGUGUACACCAAAGUCAAAAUUGUAAAGCACCUGCCUUACUUAAUAUUUGGCCUAAAUAAUGAGGACCUGGAGGCGCACUUCCGAAGCUUCGUCCAAAUGAAGAGGGGCAAACUGGGCGAUGAGUUUGGUGGGGACCAAGACGAUACGCAUGGGCAGAACAAAGCACUAAACGAAUCGCAACAAAUAACUUCUGUCUACCUCGACAAUGAAGAAGCCACUUGUUAUAGUAACAGAAUUUUGAGGUAUGAGAAUGCGCAACUUAUUCGGUUCAGGUGGUAUAACGAUAACGAUGGGGACCCCGACAAGACAAUUUUUAUUGAGAGGAAGAUUCACCAUGAGCAGUGGACAGGAGAGAACUCCACGAAGGAGAGGUUCGAGUUGGAGCAAAAGUACGUGUUGAAGUUUAUGACUGGCCAAAUGGAUGUGAGCAAGUUUUUUCAAAAGAGGCAAACGACUAUGGGGAAGCAGGCAACCCUGGAGAAAGGUACUUCAAAUGCCAACUUGCAGAAAAAAACGAAGAAGAACGAAGCUCUCGCAACGGAGAUACAAGACAUGAUAAUGAAAAAUGGGUUGGAACCCAUCAUCAGAACAUCCUACCUCAGGUCGGCCUUCCAACUGAGUAACGACAACUCUGUGAGAAUUUCCAUUGACACAAACGUGUCCAUGCUGAACGAGUAUGUACAUAAAAGAGAGCACUGGUGCAGGUUAGCAGAGGAGGCCUUACGAACAAAUGAAAUAAGGAGAUUAAAUUAUGCAAUAUUAGAAGUCAAAUUAAAAGUGGAGAAAAUUCCCCAGUGGGUCCAAGACAUUUUAAACAGCAACCAUUUUAUUAACACUUACAAAUACUCCAAAUAUCAAACGGCCAUGGCUUUGUUACACCCGGACAAAAUUAAAUACAUUCCUGUGUGGAUCCAUUCUAAUGUGCAUGAGAAAUUCAAGCCCAACAAUAAUUAUGCCGAAUCCGUUUUGACUGGGUAUAGUAGUUGUGGAAGGGGAGAUAAUUCUAACGUCGAUUCUGUACAGGCAUCAGUUGGGAUGACCAUGGAAAAUGUUUCUAGUUUUGCCCCUGGAGCAAGUGACCGCCAUGAAAUAAUACCCCUAGGGGGAUAUGGUGACCUCUCGGUGAACAGAACAAACCAAAUUUAUUUAAAUGAUUAUACACACCACACAAACCACUUAACAUCCUCUCAUCAGUGUUUACAAAAAUGGAACAUACUGGACAAGACUUGCCUUUGGCUGCAGCACAAAUAUAGCCAAAAUAAAAAUGCGCAGGAGAAAAUUAAUUUGCUCAAAAUGGACCCCAAAAUAAAUUUUGCUGCAGAGAGAACUUUUCUUCAUUACUCCCUGAUCUCUGUGUACAUCACCUUGUUGGCACUUUUUUUAGAAAAAUAUAAAAAUGAAAAUAAAAAUUUGGACCUCGUUAUUUUUUUGCUGCUUGGAACUUCCUUCACCUCCUUGAUAUCAUCCUACUUCCUCUUUUUGAAGCGCGUCGAGAUAAUUGAUGGGCGAAAGACCAAGGAACCGCUGCUGGGACGCCGACGCUUUGACAGUUUUUACAGCCCCCUCAUUUUUUUAGUCAUCCUUUUUUUCUCCAUCAUUUUGUCCAUAUAUUUCAACUUCAAUAUGAAGGCGAUAAAGGUGGCGCGCUUGAGCCCCUUGAACUUGUUGUCCCGCCCGUUUGGCAUGAAGUGA